CUCGUUGAUGUAACACGCACGGUCAUUGGACAGUGAGAAAAAUACGACAUUACAGCGGGAAGUUGACAACGCAAAAUGGCAGGUGAAUCUGAACGUGUUUGGAGAGUGAUUGUUGAUGAUUUGUUAGCUUUAGCUGAUUUCUGCGAAGGAAAUUCUCCUCUCGAUUAUCAUUUUAUAUAUAGAAGAGUAUUACAGUUAAAGGACGACGUUGCAAACGCAGCGGAUAGUUGUGGUUGUACAAUAAAUGAAAGGAUUUGGCUGAAGUUUGGUGAGGCACAAAGUAUAGUUCAACGACUCAGUCUCUCGCAAUGCAGCAGUCGUCAUGCUAUGAUUGUACAUAAAAGCAUUCUUGAACAACACCAAUCGUUGGAUGUAACGGCAGAAGAGACGGCAAGAUGUGUUGGUGUGUCGCUAAGGACAGUCCGACGUAAACUUGCACAGCAUGGUUUAAGGAAACGUGACUUGUACACCUCCAUUACAAAUGAGGAGUUGGAUAGAAUAGUGGCAGAAAUACACCAGAGAUACCCUAAUGCUGGCUACAAGAUGAUCUUGGGACACAUAAGAUCCAGGCAACUGCGUAUACAAAGACAAAGGGUUUUAGCAUCAUUAAGACGAGUAGAUCCUGAAGGAAUGGAACUACGCAGGUUACGCCUUAGGACGUCCAGACGCCGACGUUACAGUGUACCAGCUCCCAACCAUUUAUGGCACAUUGAUGGGAAUCAUAAACUUAUUCGAUGGAAAAUUGUUAUCCACGGGGGAAUUGACGGCUAUUCUCGGCUUGUGGUUUACUUAAAAGCUGCUACAAACAACAAGGCUCAAACAGUGCUGCAAAGCUUUCUGUCUGCUGUAGAUACAUAUGGUGUUCCCUGUAGAGUGCGUUCUGAUAAGGGGGGAGAAAAUGUAAUGGUUGCCCGCUUCAUGAUACGAACCAGAGGAAUAAACAGACAUUCACACAUUACAGGAAGAAGUGUGCACAACCAGAGAAUUGAGCGGCUGUGGAGAGAUGUCUUUGACCAAGAAAUAGACCUCUUUUACACUACCUUUCGUCGUAUGGAAGAUGAAGGAUGGCUUAAUCCAGACCAGGAUGUGGACUUGUUUGCCUUGCACUGGACUUACAUGCCACAAAUUCAGAGGCAUCUACAAGAAUUUCAGAGUGCCUGGAAUAGUCACAGUUUAAGAACCGAAGGCAACAGAACUCCUCUGCAGCUCUGGUCAAAUCAUGAGAGGGAUGCUUUAAAUCAGAUUGAUAUUGAUCAAGUCAGGGAAGACCUUCAAGGGCAACCAGCAGAAGGUGUUCAUGUUCCUCAGUUGGAUCUGCCUCGUUUCUUGACUGAAGAAGAGCUGGAAACACUACCAAACCCAGAUGUACCAUACUCAGAUGCAUUAUCUGUCUACAUGAACACAGUUCUUGCCGUGAAACAAAUGCUUGGUGAAAUUUAAAGGAGUUUAGAAAUUGUUUCUGCAUAUCAGACAGACAAGUUGAAUAAUUAGGAACUAGACUAUGUAACACGUUGAUUUCAUUUAUUUGUUUGUGCAUGAACUGGAUAAAAUGCUUUGUUACUGCACAAUAAAAAAGCUGAACAAC